AUGAGACACUCAACAACAAACACCAAGGCUAAAAUGUUGGAAAUGGGUGGAAUUCCAUGGCAAUCAAAGGGUUGCAACUGUAGAAGGCGAAAGGUUAAGUGCGAUGAACGAAGACCCGAGUGUGAAAGGUGUGUAAAGCGGAGGAUCAAAUGCCAAGGAUGGAAGAGCCACUCCAAUGAAAUUGGAGCUCCCUCCAUAGUGGAAUUCAAAAGGCAAAAGAGCCUCACGAUUGCGGUCAAGCCUACAGGUCCAGCGCAAUACCCGAUACUUCCGGUAACGGUCUAUCCGGAACCGGCCAUGCGUGAUCAAGUUUUCGCAUCCUUCAUCCAGCGUUAUUUUCCCAGUAAAAAUUCCCCAUCAACCCUUCGCUCCGAGGAGUUUUUAGGUAGCAUGGUUGAUAGAGCCGUUUCCGCGAUUUCCUGUCUCUUCUUGGGAAAAACUAAUCGCGAUACUCCGAUCUUCCAGCACGGAGUGCAGCUAUACAACAGUGCGAUGCGACAAGUGUCUAACAUGAUACGUCAAGGUAUUUUGACAAAUGAGAUCUUAUACACGGUUGCUAUAUUCCAGGAGAUCAAUGCACUGUAUAAGGCACUGUAUGCUCCGAACGGUCUAAGUGCUCUGGGUACCCAUGUGGCAGGAAUGAACACACUCUUAGAAUACCUCAGGGUGAAGGAACAGAGUGAUCCCAUAAUUGAUGCGAUCCAUCACUACCAACAAAAGUUCAAUAUUCCCACGAAUGGUGAUCCAUUGCUUGAGAUUCUAGGAGCAUACGCAGACAGAAUACCUCGCGCGAUGCCCUAUUGCUUUCAGAGGAGCAUGAGAUUGUCGUGUUGCAAAAUUGCGUUAUUCGCUAUGUGUAUAGUUUCACUCAACUAUGUUGACAGCGGUAAUCGCGAGAAACAUGAGUGGUGCCGGGAAGUGAUUCGGCAUAUAGCAGGUUGUGGGUUUGAUAUUGCUACUCAUCUUUACGAAAUGACCGGCUAUCAGUGGAGGCGCCGAUGGGUCGCGGCAGAUCCGCUCACUUGUAUAUCUCUACGGCAAACAAACAGUCUUGUCUGUAGUUCGAAUCUGGAAGUUUUAUCCAAAAUAAAGGAGUGUCGUGCUGAGAAUGCAUCCAUUCAUUAUGGUGAUGAACUGGUGCUCGGCAGGCGGCCUACAGUUGACUGA